GCUCACACGUGUGGAGUGGUAGAGGAAGAAGCAUGUGCAACAUUAGCCUUACAUUUACCAUAAUACGGAGAAAUACAAAGAAUUAAACAUAAGUGCGUGAACAGUUACCAAAAUGAAGUUUUCUUAUAGGUUUUCCAAUCUGCUCGGAGCGGUCUAUCGUCAGGGAAAUUUGAGUUUCUCUAAAGAUGGCAACGCUGUGAUCAGUCCGGUUGGAAACAGAAUCUCAGUCUUCGACUUGAAAAACAACACAUCUGAGACAUUACCCAUCUCCACUGUCAAAAACAUCACAUGUGUGGGUCUCUCCCCUGAUGGGAACAUAGCAAUCGUUGUGGAUGAAGAUGGAGCAGCAGUGUUGGUCAGUCUCAUCACCCGAGCCAUCCUUCAUCAUUUCCACUUCCACAAGCCCGUCAGCAGCAUCCGCUUCUCACCUGAUGGCAGGAAGUUUGUUGUCACAAAGGAAAACGUAGCUCUGAUGUACCACGCUCCUGGAAAGCAGCGUGAGUUUAAUGCCUUUGUGUUGGACAAGAGUUACUACGGUCCCUACGAUGAAACCACCUGCAUCGACUGGACGGACGACUCCAAAUGUUUUGUAGUGGGCAGCAAAGACAUGUCCACGUGGGUGUUCGGUGCAGAGCGCUGGGCCAACCUCAUCUACUACUCCCUCGGGGGACAUAAGGACGUCAUCGUGGGGUGUUUCUUUGAGAAGGACAGCCUGGAUCUGUACACGGUGAGCCAGGACGGGACACUGUGUGUGUGGGAGAGUGACACGGAGCUGGACGGCCUUGUCCUCACAAAGAAACGGGACAAACCCAAGCCUCCAAAGGAAGAGGAGGAGGAAGAUGAGGAGGAGGAGGAGGACAGGGUGGAGGGACAGGAAGGAGAGGUCAUCAGAGGGAAAGCCGAGGCUCCAAAAGACAAAGGGGAGACCAAAAACGUUCGAUUCAGGCAGAUGAGCAAGCACUUUUUCAACAAGGAGGGGGAUUUUAACAACUUGACGGCUGUCACCUAUCACAAGCAGACCCACAUCCUGGUCACAGGUUUCGCCUCGGGGAUUUUCCACCUGCACGAGCUUCCAGAGUUCAACCUUAUCCACUCCCUGAGUAUUUCCGACCAGAGAAUCGCCUCAGUGUCUAUAAACAGCUCUGGAGACUGGAUCGGCUUCGGUUGCUCAGGGAUGGGUCAGCUGCUGGUGUGGGAGUGGCAGAGCGAGUCGUACGUCUUCAAGCAGCAGGGACACUUCAACAACAUGUCCUCGCUGGCCUACUCUCCAGACGGACAGUACAUCGCUACAGGAGGAGACGACGGAAAA